AUUCAGUACUUAAAAGACGUUUUCCUGUUUCUCUGGCCAGCGAGCAGCGAACCCAGUUCGGAGAGGGGUCAGGCUGCCUGUGCGCCUGUGCGCACUCAGGCGUCUAACUUUGGGCAUCCUUCCACUGUACUUAGUACACGUGAAGGUGCCCAAACUCGUUAAUGAGGAGAGGGGGCAGGCUCUUGGGAAGAGAUUCUCGUGCUUUUUAACUCUCGGACAAGAAGUUUCCCCCCACAGGAAAGGAUAAUUCUUUUGAAGCCUUUAUUAUUCAUUGAACAGAAGGACGAAAGUGGGACAACCUGUAAGGACGCCUAGUCCUAAGGCAUCUGGAGGUUCUCCCUGCCUUUCUCCGCCCCAUUUCAACACCUCCCUCUAACAACAACCUUUUGGUUUUGGGGGGGCGGUAAGCUUAGUGGGCUGGUGUGCCGAGUGCCAGAUCCCAAAGUCUGAAAAUAAACUCGGGAGAUCUUCGGCGUAGAAAGUUUGCUUUUUCCCUCCUCACCCCACUCACACUCGUUCACCACUGCCACCGCCACCUCCACCCUUCUCCUGCUGCGGUACAGUGCAGAAAAGGAGGGAGGGGGCUCCUGCUAGGGGGAGAGGGGCCGGCGGAGGUGGAGGAGAGGAAAGGAUGCCAGUAGCUUCCCCUCACUCGCUCUGAGGCUCAGACCUGUGCUGCUUAAGUAGCCGCCGCCACAGUUGACCUCGCGCUCCUCUGGCUGGCCGCGGUGAAGACACUGGAGGAGGAAGAGGAGGAAGAGGAGGAGGAGAAGCGGUGGGGGCAGCAGCAGCCUAAGGAACUGGGAAGUUCGUAUGGCCGCUCCCAGUUGGCAGGUGGUGCGCGCAGCUGAUCUAGCUGCGGUGUCGAGCUCGGGGCGGCUUUGAGCCUCGGUCUCUUGGGGACCGCCCUACUCAGUGUUACCGAGCUAGAGCCAGGGCCAAGAGGAGGAGGAGAAGGAGGCGGCGGCGGCUGCCACAGUGGGCGAUGUGGCCGGCUGGAGCGGGCAGCAAGCUGCCCUGUGCCCGAGACUCUGCUCUCCGGCGGGCGGCUUUCUCCGGAAACCUCACGGCUUUGCCUUCCCAUCUAGUGCCGGCCGGCAGAAGCGUCCGGGUCUUCAUCAGCGCCAAUCCUGAAGAUACAGGAGCAGAACGACAAGCUCUAAGAGAAAAUGUGUAUCCUAAACUGAGGGAAUUCUGCAGAGAAAACUAUGGAUUGGAAUUUCAGGUCAUAGAUUUAUACUGGGGCUUAGAUGAAGAUGAAUGGGACAGUCCUGAACUCCAGAAGACUCGUAUGAAGCUUUUAGAAGAUUGCUUGAAAACAUCUGCAGGUCCAUGUUUUGUUGGACUAUUGGGUGAAAAGUAUGGGAACAUCCGAAUUCCUGGAGAAGUUGAAUCAUCAGAAUUUGAAAUGAUUUUAGAUGCUGCCAUAGAAGCAAAGCUGGAAACCAAGGUGCUUGAAGAAUGGUACUGCCGGGAUGAGAACUCUGUCCCAGCAACAUAUUACCUCAGACCUAAAUAUGAAAUGCUGAAAAGCAAUAAGAAUCCAAUGCAGGCUUCUGCCAAUGCUGAGAGUGAACAAAAAUGGCAAGAGAUAUCAGAGGAGAUAAAGAAGAUUUUUAAGACAGCUGUGAAAUUACUACAGGAAAAGGGUAAAAUGAAGCACAGCCAAGCCAAGAGAUAUCUCUUUUCAGCUAUUGAAGACGAGUUUGACUUUGCUUUGGGAAAACAAACACCAGCAUUCCUAAAGAAAUGUGUUUGCUACAUUAGAAAAAUUGCAAACAUUGAACGUUUUGUGAAAAUUCCAGCAAUGGGUAAAUACAUGGACAUAACUGGGACAGAACCAAGGAUUAUCCGUGACCCAGAAGCCCACGAGAAACUGAUAAAACUCAGGGAUGAAUUUAUUCCCACCAUCGUUGCAUCAUCUAAUCUGAGAGUCUAUACUUCCAUUACACAUUGUGACAUGAAACUAGGUUAUUCCCAAGAAGUAGAGAACCAUUAUAUAGAAGGACUUGGUAAACAGUUUUAUGAGGAUAUGAUUGACAUCAUUCAGGCAACUGUACAACAGAAUUUUGACACAGAAACCGAUACACUGUAUGAUGAAAUUCUUCAGCACUCAUCCUUAUGUAAAACAUAUGCCUCCUUCUAUGAGUACAAAUGUGAAUCUCUAAACAUAGUGCACAAAUACCUUCUUCCCAGCAAGGCAGGGCACAUUAACCCUCUUGUCACUUAUGGAGGACCUUGCACUGGGAAAACUCUUCUGUUAGCUGAAGUAGCCAAGAAGGCUUAUGGUUGGCUACAUGAAGAGAUGGGACCUGAAUCUGACCCAGUCAUAAUUGUAAGAUUUCUGGGAACCACAGACAUGAGUACUGAUCUUAAGAACCUUCUUCUAAGCAUCUGUGAACAACUGGCAGUUAACUACCGGUGUCUGGUGCAAAGCUAUCCUAAGAAGAUUCAUGAUCUUCGGGACUUGUUUAUAAAUCUCUUGAAUGAGUCUUCAUAUCAGAGACCACUGGUAAUAAUAUUUGAUGCUCUAGAACAGCUUUCUGACAUCGAUGAUGCCAGAAAACUUUGGUGGCUUCCCAUUCACCUUCCCCGUUUUGUACGGAUAGUACUGUCCACCCUGCCCAACAAACAUGGGAUCCUGCAGAAACUGAGGUGCCUUAUUCAUGAAGAAGACAACUACAUUGAGCUGAUUCCAAGGGAUAGAAAAAUGUGCAGUCAGGUCCUAAAACACCAGUUGCUACGUGUCAAAAGAAAAGUGACAUCAGGGCAACAGAUAUAUGUCAAUGAAGCUUUCUCCAAGUGCACAUUGCCAAUGUUUGUCAACUUAACCUUCAGGGAGGUGAGAAACUGGAGAUCUCACAAGGAUGUGGAUGAGUCCUCCCUCUGUGUCACAGUCCAUGAAAGCAUAGAGCAGUUAUUUUGGUCCCUGGAGAAGAAAUGUGGGCAGAAACUAGUAUCCCGAGCUCUGGGUUAUAUCACCAUGGCUAAAAUGGGUUUGAGUGAAAUGGAGUUGGAAGAUGUUUUAGCACUGGACAAUAGUGUCAUGAAUGAGCUAAAUGAAAAUAUACGACCAAGUAACCCCUUGCGGGUGCCUUAUAUAUAUGUCGCAAGGCUUAAGGAGGGCUUGAGUGGAUACCUGAUAGAAAGGCACGUGAAAAACGUCACACUCUUGGUGUGGGCCAAUAGGCACCUCCAUCUGAUAGCACAGAAGCUUUACCUACAUAAUGACAGUGACCUACGUGAAAUGCAUACAAUCCUGGCAGAUUACUUUCUGGGGGUCUGGUCUGGAGGCAGGAGGAAAGCUUUUUGCCUCGAAGAUCCAUACUUGAAUGGCUGCCUUGAUCUGGAAAGCAGAAGUUUGCUGGAGGAAGAAAAGCAUUUCUUGGAGCAGGCAUCUUUUGAUAGACAGGUUCCAGAUCAACCUUGGGUGUUUCAGUGCAAUCCACUGGAGCCUGACAUCUUUUUUGUCAACCAUCGCAAAAUGUCAGAGCUUUUACACCACUUGACAAGAUGUGGGAAAACAGAUGACCUCCUCUAUGGAGUCAUCAUGAACUUCAGCUGGCUUUACACCAUGGUAAAAAUUGGUCAGUUUGACAAAGCCCUUGCAGACAUUGAAGUGGCUUACAAUUAUUCACAGGAGAAAGAACUGAAGUUUCUGGCCAGCACCCUUCGGAGCAUCAAGAGCAAAAUCAUCACAUUCCCUGGCUCCCUCUCUGCUGAGCUCCAGCAGAGGCUUCUUCCAGUUGUCAGUUCUUUACCCAAACUAAGACACCUCCUUUUGGAAUGUGACAAGGAUGGACCUAAAUACUGCUCCAUUGUCCCCUUACAUUCUUCCAUGGAUGUGACUUACAGCCCUGAGAGGCUUCCCUUGUCAUCUAGUCAUCUACACGUCACGGAGAUUUUGCCUACAUGUAACCCAAGUACUGUCCUCACAGCUUUGGAAAAUGGCUCCAUUAGCACAUGGGAUGUAGAGACCCGCCAACUACUCAGGCAAAUCACCACAGCCCAGUCUGUUAUUCUGGGCAUGAAGCUCACCACAGAUGAAAAGUACCUUGUGGUAGCCACAACAAACAACACCCUGUUGAUUUAUGACAACAUAAAUUCCUGCCUCCUCUCUGAAGUUGAAAUCAAAGGAGCCAAGCAUAGCAGUGGCUCUAAUUUCAUCAAUGGGUUUACCUUGUCAAUUACACAUGCCCUUGCCUGGUUGGAGGCCAGCAAAGAUGUCACUGUCAUUGAUCUACUCUAUGGAUGGCCUCUUUAUCAGUUCCACUGCUGGUAUGAAGUCACUUGUGUCCAGUGCUCUCUGGAUGGAGUGUACGCUUUCUGUGGGCAAUCUCUAAAUACAACCACCAUCUUUCAUUUAGGGAGCGGAGAAAAGCUCUCCACUGUGACAUCUGAAUUUUCAGGUGGCUUUGUGAAGUUUCUUCUAAUCUUGGACACAGCCCAGGAAAUGGUCAUGGUUGACAGUGAGGGCAGCCUUUCUGUUUGGAACACUGAGGAAAUCACCAAUCCCCAGUUAACAGAUGAUUUUGAUUGUCGAAGAGAAGACAGUGAAGUUGUCAGCAUUGAACUUUCUGAAGAUCAAAGUGCAAUUCUUAUUUGCAAAGCCCUCAGCAUAGAACUCUUAGACACUACCAUGUGGAAGGUGGCUGAGAAAUUCAGAGCCAAACACAACGAGCGCUUUAUCUCAGCGGUGCUCUCCAAAAAUGGAGACUGUAUAAUUGCUACUAUGGAAAAUACCUCAGCUGUGUUUUUUUGGAGGCGGGACACUGGACAGUGUAUGGCGAGCUUACAGGAAAUCUCAGGAGCCAUAGUCAAGUUGGUCAAGUCUAAUCACCAUAACAUGCUGCUAUCUCUAUCUACAAGUGGUGUCCUUUCUAUUUGGGACAUUGAUAUAAUUACAGCUAUGUCCAACAUAGACAAGACUGGAAAACCCAUCCAAAGACUGAUGUUACCUGCGAGAGGUGAAAUCAUUUAUUCCCUAGAUGGAUCUGAGUCUGUCCAUAAGUGGAACUUUAGCAAUGGAUUCAUUGAGGCAGAAUUUAAGCAUGAAGGCAUCGUGGAACACUGUGUGCUCACCUCCUCUGGGGAUGUGAUGGUAACAUCAGAUGACAAAUGUAGCCAAUAUGUAUGGCACACCAGCAGUGGUGAAAACCUCUUUCGAAUUAAUGGGCAAAGAAUAUCCCAGCUGCUGAUUACACACAAUGAUCAAUUUGUGGUUUCACUCUGUGAGGAAAAUGCCUCCCGGGUUUGGCGACUGGCCACAGGCCACAGGGUGUGCAAUAUUCUCACUCCUUUACAGAAUGCAUUUAUAACCUCUGCAAAUACAUUUGUGGUAGGCAUUACAAAAAACAAAGUGCUGGCCGUCAGUUUAUGGACAGGAAGUAUCACCAAGAAGUUCUGCUGUGAGGAUGGAACCAUGAUUGUAAAUUUCAAAUUGAUACCUGACUGCCCUGAUAUCAUAGUGUUUAUAACAUCCACAGAAACUGUGAACAUCUGGAGCCUGACAGACGAAGUCAUCUGUCGACGUGUACAACUUCCAAACAAUUUCUUAAAAAAUCUAGAGGACUUUGAGAUUUCCCCCAAUGGGAAACUAGGUAUUAUAUCCCGGGGAGAUGAAAAUAUAAAUGUUCUUGAUCUACAUAGUGGUAAACUCCGAGUGGUCCAUGCUGCUGGAAUCAUCUGGCGGCAGAAGCUAUCUCGAGAUGGCCGCUACCUGGUCUACAUUUGCUUCCGGAAUGGAGAGGAGGAGGAUGACAAUGGAGCGGUCUCCAGCUUAAUUGUCAUGAGACUCGCAGAUGGCAAAAAUAUUGGUGCUUGCUCACUUUAUAAGACGCCAACCUUUCUUGCACUGUCACAAAGGCAUUUAAAUAUCAUUGUUGGUUUUGAUGAUGGAAGUAUAGGGAUUUAUACUGUAGUGGACAGGGUGGAUGCGGCACUGAAGAUUAAAAUCGCCACCUCAAACAGCCGGCAAAUUUUCAACAGUGCAACACAAGCGUCCAGGCCAAAGUGUAACAGCUAUUGCUUUAAGUCUACUGCAGACUGUAUUUGGAGAGAAUCCACUGAGGUAUUUGCAAGAGACAGUCCCAUCACAGUGACUGAUCCUGUAGAAACAAAUGAAGCAACGCCAACCAAAAAACACAAUCCUUAUGACCGGGUAUGCUCUGCCAUAGAGAGCAGAGGCCACAGUUUUGCAGCUGACAACUAGUUACAUAUUUAGAUGGGUUUUCUGAAAUUUAUGAUAUACAUUUAUCAGUCUGUCUUUUUUCCUCUGAGGUGGAAAUGGUACAUUUCUUAGGCAAAAUAGAAUGCAACUUAUAUCUGUCCACAUAUAAGAUCAACUGAAAUGGGAACCAUUUUUGGCUGUAGUUUUUCUUGAGAUUAAUUCAUGAAAAUCCUCUUCCAAAGGUUUAUCAUCAUAUGGAAGUGACCCUGUGUUCUCAAAAGCUACCACAGCAGAAUUCAAGCACUGGUAGAUAAAAAAGGCUCUGAGAACAGCCCUGCAAUAAAUUGUAUAUCUUGCUCAAGCACUAAUCUAAUCAAGUUCAGGAAAGCUUUUCUUGGAAGGUUUGAUUACCAGAUGUUUAAUUUAAAAAAAAAAAAAAACCUUACCUUCUGUCUCAGAAUCAAUAAUAAGUGUUGGUUCCAAGGCAGAAGAGCAGUAAGGGCUGGGUAAUAGGAAUUAAGUGACUUGGGCAGGAUCAUACAGCUAGGAAGUGUCAGAGGUCAUAUUUGAACCCAGGACUUUCCAUCUUCAGGCCUGGCUCUGAGCUACCUACCUGCCCCCAAUUAAUUACUUUUUGACCAUAGCAAUUCUUUAAACUAUAAGCUAAAGUAUGGAGGCCUGAAAUCCACUUUCAUGAUGAGAACAUCUAUGGAGAUCGAAUCAUAGCUCCUUGAAAAUAUGGAAUUCAUCUGGGUAGAAUAUCUUUACUGGGCAUUUCUAGCAAUACUCUUUACAUUGCUGCUUCAUCUAGAUGUUAGAAAAUUGUACAGUAUAUUGGCUUUAGCUCUAUAUUUGUCAGAAGUAUAACCUCUUCAGUUCAUGCAGAUACAAUAGGUAGGUUUACACACACACACAAACACACAGCAGUUUGACCAAAAUCAUUUAUCAUGUUUUUAAGUUAAAUUUUAAAAACCAUUGUUUUAUCUCCAUGAUGCCAAAUAAUUCUUGUUUGGCUACAUUUUGGUUAUUAAUAUUAUAUAAUUACAGCCUUAACCCUGCUCUACCUUUGACCAUCCAGAUAAUGAAGACAUAUCUGGAGGUAAAGGAAAGAGUGAAAAGGGGGGAAAUAAAUUAACAAAGUCGACCAUAUGAAACUCUUUAGUGACUACAUCCCAACCUAUAAGGGAAAUACUUUUAAAAUAUGUGAAGAUGCGAAGCUGUGGGUAGAUGGGACAAGAGUCAAUUGGCAGCUAAAAGGGCAACAGAGAUGCAGAUGAUCAGUCUUAGAGAAGCUGCAUAUGUAGGUUUUGUACAAAGGUAAAAACCGUUUCUUAAAAAGCUAUUUCCUGAGUUCUGAGAGAAAACGUUUAAUACUAAGAAGCAUUCUUUUUGUUUCCUGGCUCUUUCAAAGUACAUAUUUUGCUAGCUGUAAUGAAGACUCACAUAAGGGCAUUAAGACACAAUUAAGCUGUUCACUUUUAUUAUUGUAUGAAAAGGUUCCUCUUCACUCUUGUAUAAGAAAGUCUGAAUUAUCUCCUACAUCCCCUACACUGAACUUCUCAGAAAGAAAGCUUUCUUGAUAUGCCAUGUAUGAACUACUGAUAACAUUUGCCUUACUAUCAUUCCUCUUCUGUCCUGUGUUGAACGCAGAGAGAUGACCAAAUACUCUGGGACUAACAGAACAUGCCUGUAUUUGUGCUAAAAUAUUCCAUAAAAUCUUAAGGCUGUCCAAAGGUUCUUUACUGUUCCUGUUUGUAAUAAAUUUCUUACUUCUACAUAUGUACGUAGGCUUAUUUAUCUGUUUUACUUCCUGCUUUGGGAUUGUUCUGAGCCUUUUAUAUAGUGUGAUCAGUUUCAAGGCAGAAGCUGUGAAAUAUUAUUAAAUAUUUUUUAACUUCCAUCUGAUUCAAGAAAAAGGGUUCCAUCCUAAAAGCUAAGAGUCUUUUCCCCCCUUGCCAUAUCAAGUACAUGGCAUGUCCUUGGCUAAUUUUUAAAGGAUUUUUUUUUAAGAGGCAACAGAUCCUCUGAGAAGUGGAAGAUUGAACAGUUCAGUUUUAAUUUCUGGCUCUUCCAUUGACUUGCUGUGGGUCCCUGAGCCAAUUAUCUAACCUCUCUGUUUCUUACUUUUCUCAACCAUAAAAUGAGGUUAGUGGUAGUUUCUCUUAUAUCCCCUAGAAGAAUAUUGUGAGAUUGUGUGAUAUGAAAUAUAGUCAACUCUGGAUUAUCAAUACUGAUGGAGAAAAAUGGAACCACAUAUCACUUCUGUUUUUUAUAUUCGACCUUGAAAUGUAGUCUAAGACACUUCGACCUAGAGAUAUGGCUCCAAUGCAAGAGAUUAUCCUUUUUCAUGCCAAGGCCAGCUCUCCUCUGGCCCUGUAAGCCUGAGUCCAAGUCAGCUAGCAGCCAAGACACAGACCCAGGAACAUGGGUACAUAGAUACAGACUCUAGAGUUGAUUGCAUCUGAAGUGUUCAUCAGAGACAAGACCAAGGUCAUUCAAGGUAUCAAUAUUAGUAGUAGUAUAAGUUGGACCUCUGUGCCACUAUUUCUAAAAAUCAAAUGCCAAGAUGAAUUAUAUGUAGUGUGUGUGAAUGUUCUAUGUCAAAGCCAAUAUAGCAAGUACUGAGUGAUUUGAAUGAUUUUCCUACCUUGUUUGCAACUCUUAGAUCAUACUGAAUGUUUUUAUGUAAACUUUGUAUUGUUGGGAAGAAUUACCCAAUCAGAGAUUUAUAUUUUCUUAAAUGUUACAUUUAGUUACAUUUUGUUACAGAGUUGUUAAACUAGAAUAUUAUUGCAGUCCUCAAACAAUAUACAGUCUUGUGUAUGCAUUGUUUGUAUGAAUAAAAUAUAAACUGAUUUGUU